AUGUAACAAGAUCAAAAUCAAGGAAUGGAACAUUAAAUUGCUGAUAAAGAAAUGACUAUAUAAGAAUAACUAUUAGAAUAAUAGAAAAAAUUUAGAAACUUAGAAUCUGAUAGAAAAGCUUAUGCUGAAGAAACUGUUGCAAACAUUAAUAAAUAAAGAGGAAUUAUUGAUAAACUUAAAAAAGAAAAUUAGAUUCUCAAAGAUUUAAUUGCUAAGAUGAAUUCUUAAAAAUCAUAACUUAAUUAAACAUCAUAUUCAAAAGGACCUAAUAUUGAUACAAUUAUUGAUGAUUUGAAAGUUGCUAUUAAUGAAGAAAAAAAAGUAUAAGAAGAUAUUGAUACACAUGUUGCAGAUUUUUAAAAAAAGAUUAUCGAAAAAAGACAUGCUUUAGGUGGUUAUAAUGCAGGUGCUGAAAAUGAAAGUGCUUUAUAAAAAUAAAUUAAAAUUUUAGAAAAUAGAUUAGAUAAAACAAAUUAAAAAUUUAAUGAAGCUAUUGCUAUAAAUAAAUAAUUAAGAUAAUAAAUUGAUAGUCUACGUAGAGAAAGAGUUAUUUUUGAUAAUCUAUAUAAAAAACUUGAAAAAGAAUUGCAUGAGAAAAGAAAAGUAAUUUAUUAUGAAAUACAUUAUUUUAGGAAAUGGCAGAUAUUAUUGAAACUGCUAAUACAGCUUAUGAAGAAAGGGAUAAAGCCAAUGAUUUAAUUUAAAGUUUAAAAUAAUAGGCAAAAAGAGAAUCUGCUGAUUUUGAAAAAGAUCUAAGAGAAUUAAGUCAAAUCAUGGAAAAAAAUAAAAAAACUUUAGAUUAUAUGAAAUUAACAGAAAAAAAUAGAGAAAUGGAUGCAUAAGAAGUUGUUGAUGCUGAUAAAUUUACUAAACCAAAAACUAAUAAAUUAAUUAGAGAUAAAAAUGUAAAUUAAACUAUGGUUGAAUUAAUCAUGAAAUAUGAAGAAGAUUUUGCUAAAAUAUAAGCAGCUACUUAAAUUAAAUAAUUUGAUGAUAUUAUCAAAUUUUUUAUUUAAAAUGAAGAAAAAGUAUACACCUCUCAUAAUUAUCUUAGAAUUUUUAAAUGUUUAAAUAUGUUAAUGAAUUAAGCAACGAAAUUGAAGAUUUAGAAAAAUAAAUAGGAGAAUUAAAAGAAGAAGCAUCUUUAUAUGAAGGUUAAGGUUCUAAUGUAGAUGUAUAAAGAAAAAGACAUUUAAAAGAUUUAGAAGAAAAAUUAUCAAGAUCAGAAUAGAAAUCAGAAUAAUAUGAAUUUAAAUAUAAUGAAUCUAUAAAACUAAUCAAUAGUUUAACAGUAUUUAUAUAUCAUCUAUUUUAUAGAAUUGGAUAGAAACUCUAUUUAAUACAGUAGAAUGUGAUAAAUAAAUGGCAACUGAGAUUGCUGGAUCACAUGGAGUUACUGAUACAAAUAUGAUGAUUUAUUUAGGAUUAAUUGAAAAUAAAACUAACAAAUUAUUGCAAUAUUAUUAAUAAAUUCAUUAGAAAAUAUCAGAAAAUUAAAUUAAUUCAUUACAAUAGUUAGCAUAGUUAAAUGAGAAAAAUCUAUAAAAUAAAAAUAGAGCAGAAUUACCAUAAUUUGGUAAUUUUAUUAUAUUAUUUUAGAUGAACAUGAAGAUGAUGAUAUAGAAGGAGAUAAAAUAUUAUCAAUUGAAGAAUUUAAAAAAAAAGCACUUGAAAAACUAGAAGUAUUUAUUUAAUUAUAAUUUAGAAAUAAUAAAAUUAAACAAAAAAUAAAAGGGCUGGACCUAAUAAAUUAAGAAAAAAUAAAUGA